CGCCAAAGGCGUCCUAACGCAAAAACUGGGACCUUGGCGUCGGCCGGUGGCCUACCUGUCCAAAAAGCUAGACCCAGUGGCAGCUGGGUGGCCCCCUUGCCUACGAAUGGUAGCAGCCAUUGCCGUUCUGACAAAGGAUGCAGGCAAGCUAACUAUGGGACAGCCGCUAGUCAUUCUGGCCCCCCAUGCGGUAGAAGCACUGGUCAAACAACCCCCUGACCGCUGGCUAUCCAAUGCUCGCAUGACCCACUAUCAGGCAAUGCUCCUAGAUACGGACCGAGUUCAGUUCGGACCGGUGGUAGCCUUAAACCCGGCCACGUUGCUCCCCUUGCCGGGAAAAGAGACCCCCCACGACUGCCUCGAGAUCUUGGCUGAGACACACGGCACCAGACCGGACCUCACGGACCAGCCCCUCCCAAAUGCCGACCACACCUGGUAUACAGAUGGAAGCAGCUUCCUGCAGGAGGGGCAACGUAAGGCUGGAGCAGCGGUGACCACCGAGACCGAGGUAAUCUGGGCCAAGGCGUUGCCAGUCGGGACAUCCGCCCAGCGAGCUGAACUAAUAGCACUCACCCAGGCCCUAAAGAUGGCAGAAGCUCACUUACAGGCCCUCCAAGCAGUACAACGAGAGGUCUGGAAGCCUCUGGCCGCUGCCUAUCAGGACCAACAAGACCAGCCUGUGAUACCACACCCCUUCCGUGUCGGCGACACCGUGUGGGUACGCCGGCACCAGACUAAGAACUUGGAACCUCGCUGGAAAGGACCCUACACCGUCCUGCUGACCACCCCCACCGCUCUCAAAGUAGACGGCAUCGCUGCGUGGAUCCACGCCGCUCACGUAAAAGCGGCGACAACCCCUCCGGCCGGAACAGCAUCAGGACCGACAUGGAAGGUCCAGCGUUCUCAAAACCCCUUAAAGAUAAGAUUAACCCGUGGGCCCCCCUGAUAGUCCUGGGGAUCUUAAUAAGGGCAGGAGUAUCAGUACCACAUGACAGCCCUCAUCAGGUCUUCAAUGUUACUUGGAGAGUUACCAACUUAAUGACAGGACAAACAGCUAAUGCUACCUCCCUCCUGGGGACAAUGACCGAUGCCUUUCCCAAACUGUACUUUGACUUGUGCGAUUUAAUAGGGGACGACUGGGAUGAGACUGGACUCGGGUGUCGCACUCCCGGGGGAAGAAAAAGGGCAAGAACAUUUGACUUCUAUGUUUGCCCCGGGCAUACUGUACCAACAGGGUGUGGAGGCCCGAGAGAGGGCUACUGUGGCAAAUGGGGCUGUGAGACCACUGGACAGGCAUACUGGAAGCCAUCAUCAUCAUGGGACCUAAUUUCCCUUAAGCGAGGAAACACCCCUCGGAAUCAGGGCCCCUGUUAUGAUUCCUCAGCGGUCUCCAGUGGCAUCCAGGGUGCCACACCGGGGGGUCGAUGCAAUCCCCUAGUCCUAGAAUUCACUGACGCGGGUAAAAAGGCCAGCUGGGAUGGCCCCAAAGUAUGGGGACUAAGACUGUACCGAUCCACAGGAACCGACCCGGUGACCCGGUUCUCUUUGACCCGCCAGGUCCUCAAUAUAGGGCCCCGCAUCCCCAUUGGGCCUAAUCCCGUGAUCACUGACCAGUUACCCCCCUCCCGACCCGUGCAGAUCAUGCUCCCCAGGCCUCCUCAGCCUUCCCCUACAGGCGCAGCCUCUAUACAACCUGGGACGGGAGACAGACUGCUGAACCUGGUAGAUGGAGCCUACCAAGCACUCAACCUCACCAGUCCUGACAAAACCCAAGAGUGCUGGUUGUGUCUGGUAUCGGGACCCCCCUAUUACGAAGGGGUUGCCGUCCUAGGUACCUACUCCAACCAUACCUCUGCCCCAGCUAACUGCUCCGUGGCCUCCCAACACAAGCUGACCCUGUCCGAAGUAACCGGACAGGGACUCUGCGUAGGAGCAGUUCCCAAAACCCAUCAGGCCCUGUGUAAUACCACCCAGAAUACAAGCGACGGGUCCUACUAUCUGGCUGCUCCCGCCGGGACCAUUUGGGCUUGCAACACCGGGCUCACUCCCUGCCUAUCUACUACUGUACUCAACCUCACCACCGAUUACUGUGUCCUGGUUGAGCUCUGGCCAAAGGUGACCUACCACUCCCCUGGUUAUGUUUAUGGCCAGUUUGAGAGAAAAACCAAAUAUAAAAGAGAGCCGGUGUCAUUAACUCUGGCCCUGCUGUUGGGAGGACUUACUAUGGGCGGC